AUGAUUCGAUGCGCCACAAAUCAGCUAAAAACGGGAUUGUGCAGGAAUCUCUCGUCUUCUGCAAUUUUGCACAAAGAGAAGAAGAAAAACGCCGACUAUGGAGAUGACGGAUUGCCAAUCGACUACAAGCUGAAGAGGUUGCGCGCCGGCAGCCGACGUCUCGACACGUUUGUGAAUCGCGCGACGGGCAGCAGCGGCAGCGACGUCACCAAAUUGAUAAUGCAGGGCAAAGUGCGUGUGAAUAAUGAGGUGUACACGAAGAAAUCGUAUAAUGUGUGCGUUGAUGACGUCAUCGAAGUCUGGAAACAAUCGUAUCCGGAGAAUGCGGACCUCGCGAUCGUCGACAGGUCCGAGAUUGUCAACUAUGACAUAACACCCAACGGCUACGACUUCGAGGUGAAAAGCUGGAAGAAAUUUAUAUCCGAUAAUUGGCGAUCGUCUAAUUAG